AUGCCGCCCCAUUCUCAUGCUUUCCAUCACCCCACCCCAUUCUCCCGCUUUCCAUCACCCCGCCCCAUUCUCCCGCUUUCCAUCACCCCGCCCCAUUCUCCCGCUUUGCAUCACCCUGCCCCAUUCUCCCUCUUUCCAUCACCCUGCCCCAUUCUCCCUCUUUCCAUCACCACACCCUAUUCUCCCUCUUUCCAUCACCCCGCCCCACUCUCCCACUUUCCAUCACCCCACCCCUUUCUCCCGCGUUCCAUCACCCUGCCCCAUUCUCCCGCUUUCCAUCACCCCGCCCCAUUCUCCCGCCUUCUAUCACCCCGCCCUAUUCUCCCGCUUUCCACCACCCUGCCCCAUUCUCCCGCUUUCCAUCACCCUGCCCCAUUCUCCCGCUUUCCAUCACCCCGCUCCAUUCUCCCACCUUCCAUCACCCCGCCCCAUUCUCCCGCUUUCCGUCACCCCGCCCCAUUCUCAAGCUUUCCAUCACCCCGCCCCAUUCUCCUGCUUUCCAUCACCCCGCCCCAUUCUCCCGCUUUUCAUCACCCCGCCCCAUUCUCCUGCUUUCCAUCACCCCGGCACAUUCUCCCGUUUUCCAUCACCCGCCCCAUCCUCCCCUCCCAUUUAAACCCUAAACCCAUUCUCCUGCUGGCGAUCACCUCGCCCUAUUCUCCCGCUUUCCAUCACCCGCCCCAUUCUCCCGCUUUCCGUCACCCCGUCCCAUUCUCCCUCUUUUCAUCACCCCGCCCCAUUCUCCCUCUUUCCACCACCCCUCCCCAUUCUCCCGCUUUCCAUCACCCCGGCCCAUUCUCCCUAUUUCCAUCACCCCGCUCAAUUCUCCCACUUUCCAUCACCGCGCCCCAUUCUCCCGCUUUCCGUCACCCCGCCCCAUUCUCCCGCUUUCCAUCACCCCGCCCCAUUCUCCCUCUUUCCAUCACCCCGCCCCAGUCUCCCUCUUUCCAUCACCCCGCCCCAUUCUCCCUAUUUCCAUCACCCUGCCCCGUGCUCCCUCUUUCCAUCACCCCGCCCCAUCCUCCCUAUUUCCAUCACCCCGCCCCAUUCUUCCGCUUUCCAUCACCCCGCCCCAUUCUCCAGCUUACCAUCACCUCGCCCCUUUCUCCCGCUUUCCAUCACCCCGCCCCAUUCUCCAGCUUUCCAUCACCCCACCCCAUUCUCCCGCUUUCCAUCAACCCGCCCAAUUCUCCCGCUUUCCAUCACCCCGCCCCAUUCUCCCGCUUUCCAUCACCCCGCCCCAUUCUCCCGCUUUCCAUCACCCCGCCCCUUUCUCCCGCUUUCCAUCACCCCGCCCCAUUCUCCCUCUUUCCAUCAACCCGCCCCAUUCUUCCGCUUUCCAUCACCCCGCCCCAUUCACCCCGCCCCAUUCUCCCUCUUUCCAUCAACCCGCCCCAUUCUUCCGCUUUUCUUCACCCCGCCCUAUUCUUCCGUUUUCCAUCACUCCGCCCCAUUCUCCUGCUUUCCAUCACCCCGCCCUAUUCUCAAGCUUUCCAUCACCCGGCCCCAUUCUCCCGCUUUCCAUCACCCCGCCCCAUUCUCCCGCUUUCCAUCACCCCGCCCCAUUCUCAAGCUUUCCAUCACCCCGCCCCAUUCUCCCGCUUUCCAUCACCCCGCCCCAUUCUCCCGCUUUCCAUCACCCCGCCCCAUUCUCCCGCUUUCCAUCACCCCGCCCCUUUCUCCCUCUUUCCAUCACCCCGCCCCAUUCUCCCGCUUUCCAUCACCCCGCCCCAUUCUCCCGCUUUCCAUCACCCCACCCCAUUCUCCUGCUUUCCAUCACCCCGCCCCAUUCUCCCUCUUUUCAUCACCCCGCCCCAUUCUCCCUCUUUCCACCACCCCGCCCCAUUCUCCCGCUUUCCAUCACCCCGGCCCAUUCUCCCUAUUUCCAUCACCCCGCUCCAUUCUUCCUCUUUCCAUCACCCCGCCCCAUUCCCUCGCUUUCCGUCAACCUGCCCCAUUCCCUCGCUUUCCAUCACCCCGCCCCAUUCUCACUCUUUCCAUCACCUCGCCCCA